AUGGCGGCCGACAUCGACAUCAAGUUACGAACUUAUUGCGCAACAAACAUUUACAGUUACACAUCCGGUGCAGAGCUCAUUCCUCCCAGCGUCGCAGCGGGUUCGAGCACCCAGAACCAGGUGCUGGCGGCCCCGGUCGUUGGGACGGAAGUUCCCUGGGCGAUGACGCCGGAUACUGCCAAUACCUACGCCGCCGGAGCGGUUGUGACUGCCCAUGAGGAUCCAGUAAUCGUGGACGAUAGCGUCACAAUCAGCGACACUAAGACGUCACAGCCGAUAUUCACCAUUGACGUCACGGAUGCGAACACAACCGAUCUCGUGGCGGUUACUUCCGGUUUCAGCGUCAUGAAGACUGCCGGAAGUUCCCUUUUCUCGGUGGUUAAGACUGCCACGGGAUAUGAUAUUCGCAGCGGCGCCUCCUUGAGUGCCGGAAGUUAUCCACUGACUAUCACUGCCACCGACCGCUGCGGCGACACCGCUACCGGAACAAUAACAGUCACCGUUACGAAUACAGCCCCGGUGUUUGUUCCGGUUUCUCUUCUGACCGUUCACCCGACCCCGAUCAGUGACGUCACGACAACGGCUAGGUCUCUCUAUGCAUUUGACGUCACGGACACGAACCCAAUUACGUGCACAGUCGAUAACACCAAGUUUGAAAUCAAAACGGUUGGAUCAGCCUACGAACUUUGGCUGAAGGCGGGGUCAGCGAGUACGCUGAAUCAUGACGUCACCGCUGUAGAAUCCAUGACGAUCACGUGCAGUGACCGGACGGACCAAAUCACCAGCAGUUACAAGGUCCCCGUUCUAACCAAUUUUGCCGGUACUUCCGGUCCGCUGGGAGACCUAUCGCCAGUGGGAACUUCUGUUCACCAGUUCACCGUCACCGACCAGGAUGACGCCAUUUCCUGUUCCAUCAACGCGCAGGAGAGCGCAAAGUUUGGCAUCACUAAGUUGGAUACCGCUACCGGAGCGCAACGGUUCGACGUCAUGACGAUUGCCACGCUUGAUUACGACUCUGCUACGAGUUACACGAUCACCGUCACGUGUACUGACGCUAUCAACCCUGUGACGUCAUCAAGGACCAUCAACUUAGCCGAUGACAAACCCGUUUUCUCCGGACUUCCGGCUACGUUGUCGCCGGCACGUAACGAUGGCUUUCAGACGGCGACGUUACUUUGCACGUUCAGCGUCACGGACGCCAACGACCAGAGUAUUAGCACGUGCUUGAUACAGGCGCCGAUGGACAGCUUCUUCAACCUGGUUCCCGGCACGGCGCCGACAUUUGCGAUCUUGGGUCAAAGCCAGCGUGACGUUGUACGCAGCGUCAUCACUCUCCUCGUAAACGUCCAGUGCGAUGACGACAGAUUGCCCGCGAAUACCAUUACCGAAACGUUCACUGUUCCCUUACUUGACGAGGUAUUGUGA